AUGGACGCUUUUGCACUGGUCAUCUACGAGGCGGCACAUAUUCCUGGCGCGCUGAAGUUGUUCCACAAAGCCCUCGAGCUUGCACGCAAUCAGCAGCGUAAAGUCCGCGUCUCAUCCGACUGCGAGUCUGGGGUCAUGCACAAGCACGUCGCCGCCGAUGCAGAUUUCACCAAGUACCCUCGAAACCUGGCGGAGAGCGGAAAUCGCGACGAGAUGGAUGGAUUAAUGAGGUCAGGGGAAGUUGAAGAGCUAUGCUCGGUGCUAUCGCUAGCAGUCAGCAGGCACUUCUUUCUUAUCGUCAACCUUGUUCACAUGUUGGAAAACGCCAAUGCGUAUACGGUUCGUAAUCUGGAGCAGCUACUUCAGGAGACAGUCUUUGACAAGGAGAUGCUGAAGCUCGGGUGGAAUCUGCAGUCCGGCUUCAGGGUGAUCGACCAAACGAUUGAAUACCUCUACCAGACUGCCACUCGUCCCCCAGUAUUCUUGGGCGAGAAGAUCAACGCCGAUGGCACUCGUACUGAGCGCUGGAUGCACUGGGAGUGGAAGAUCAAGAGUGAGCAUCUGAUCGGGGAGCGGCCAGAGAGCAUGAAGUUUCCUCGAGUCUGGAAAGACGUCAACUGUGGGAUCCAUGCCGAUCAGGACUACGACCCUCAGCUUUCCGAUCAGAUCGCCAUGGCAUGUCCAUGCACGACCGGCAAUGUCGACAUCGCAGCAUUGCUGAAUCUAUUCUGUGGCCAGCUCAAGUUCCAGCUGGAUCUUUUGCACUGGCGGCAACAUCGACACCGCAUCAGCUACCAUGACUUCCUACGAACGGAGCUCGACCAAGACCGGCUUUAUUUUAUCCUCAACUGGAUGAAGUCUCGUUGCUACACGGGCGAUGUGCAUCACUUCUGCCAGGAUCUCGGCCUUCCCGAGAUGGGACAGAACGACGAUCAGAUGGCAUACAACGUUGGUGACAUUGCUGGCAUCAUCCUCGCAUUCGAACAGCUCUUCGCAAGCGACGACAAACGCUUCUUGCUCGGCUGUCUGGACAAGUGGGCUCAGGGCAGCGCUCAUAUCAAGGAUCAGGCCAAAUGUGCCAACAGGGCCCUUCCACAUGCGGCACGAACGAUCCAGCAGCAUGCCAAGAAGUCAGCAUUCUCACCUGACAGGACGUUGUACGAGGAUAACCCUAAGCUAUUCAAGAACGAGCCAGUGUACAAGAACAGCAAGGAUGAGUUCUCUCAUGCGCUCAAGUACUCCGUCAAGAGUAGCAUGUCUUGGCUUUCGGACAAGCAGCCAGCUGGUAACCCUGCGAACCUCAGUCCCUGGGAGCACGACCAGUACGCGCUCGUGAGCCGUCAAGUCGAUCAACAAUUGCGCAUGGGCGCUGGUAAGCAUGAUGAGGCCAUAUAUCCAACAUUUCGGGACUACAAGACCGACCUGGUUUGGAAAGAUUCAUCAAUGCCACAGUACGCACGAUCGAUCCAACUGGAUCGUGGGUGCCCGACUCCUGCGCGACCCCGAUCUCUGAUGACUGCCUGCGCCCAAUUAUCCGAGCUAACAGAACAUACGCCGAAGACCUUGUCGGAGUUCCUGCGGUGCCCACGUGCGGCUGGUGCGGCUCCUCCAGCUGGCUUUGGUGCACUCCCCGGUACCUCAAUGGGGCUGCCGAAAGAGCUCAAAGUGGUCAAGACUGGCGGUGCAAGCACAAACCUGCCGGAGAAAUUCAUCUCCGACAACACAAGAACCAGUUCGCCAUCUACGUCCAUGUCGGAAUCCUCCAAGCUAUUGGACGACGCUCUUAACAUUGAUGGACAUAACGACGGAGAUAUCUGA